AUGCAAGGAGAGCCAUCAGCUGAAUUUCUUUUUGACGUAGAAAUCGAGAGAACCCUUCACCAGAGACGUAGAAAUGCGAGAUUGAAUUGCAAGGAAGAAGUUCCCUCUGAUCACUCAGAUUCAGAAAAAGAAACUAUGGUCGAAAUUCCUCAAGUUCCACCUCCUCCACCUUCGGAAAGACUCCUAGGUGACUAUGGAGGUGCAAAUGCAUCGGGUGGUAGACUAAUCAUUGUCAACCAACCGGUGAAUAUGAUAAAUUUCCGACUUCAUCCUAUCACAAUCAAUCAACUUGAAAGAAAAUCUUUCACCGAAAAGGUGUACAAGCAAGCCGAAGAAGUCAUUGAUAUGAAAUUGGAAGCUAAUAAAAUUCGUAUAGAAGACACAAUCGCUGCCGAAGUGGAAAAGAAAUUAAAGGCUAUGAAUAUAGGUACUCAACAGGUAACUACUCAUUACACGCCUCAACAUAAUGGAAUAACAGAAAGAAGAAACAUGACCAUAUUGGACAUGUCGAGAUGCAUGUUAAAGCAGAACAAUUUUCCAAAAUCCUUAUGGGGUGAAGCUGUUUCCACUGCUGUUUAUAUUCUGAACAGAUGCCCUACCAAGAAGCUGAAGAACAAGGUUCCUGAAGAAGUUUGGAGUGACAAACAACCAUUAGUGAGUCAUCAGAAGGUGUUUAACUCUAUUUGUUACAAACAUGUUCCUCGUGCUAGAAGAAGGAAGCUUUAUGACAAGAGUGAACUUAUGAUUCUGAUAGGAUUUCAUAAAAUUGAUGCAUACAGGUAUCAAUAUGGGAUGAAUAGAAAAAUUACCCAUAGAAUUGAGGUAGGAAAAGAUAUUCAAAUAAUAUUGAAGCAAAGAUGCCCAAAGUAUUUGAUAAUAAGAUUUGAAAAUUUAGAAAAUUAA